UACAAUGGAUACUGUUCUAGCAGGAACCGUUAAAAGAAAUAAAAAGAAAACGAAGAGUGUUUGCAAGACGAUGAAAUUACUUGAGACUAGUUGGACGGUUCAGGCCAAGUUAUUCUUUCAGAAUUGCACGUUGCACGGCGUUAAGUAUUUAACAGAAAAAGGACGGCCUCUUUCAGAAAGGAUAAUAUGGUUUUUAUGCGUUGCAAUUGCAGCGGUAACAGCAACGAUAAUAAUAGUAAGUUUGUGGGAAAAAUUUCAAACGAAUCCAACUAUAACAGGUCUAGAUACGGAUUUUCAUGAUUGGGAAGUAGCUUUUCCGGCUAUAACAGUCUGUCCAAGUGCCCCAAUCGACAUUGAAGCGAUAACGAACUACAUUAAAACUAACGAAAUAGUGAAAGAAAAUCAAGAUAAAUUUAUUAACUUUGUUACGAACUUUAUUAAAACGUCGUACAGCGAGUUGAAAAUGUUUGAUGAUGAAUUUUAUACGGGUGACAUCUUUAUUUCUGAUUCGAUGGAUUUAAGAGACUUUGCAAUGCAAUUCGUGAAGUCGUGCGAGAACGUGUUCACAGAGUGCAUCUGGAAGUCAGAAAGUUACGUUUGUUGCGAUGGUUUUUUUCCAAUUUUUACGGAAAUUGGAUUUUGCUACACCUUUAACUCUCGUCACUACGAAAUGAAUGUUCAACGAAAUGGAUCUAAAAUUAUUAAUUUCGACAAAAAAUACAUUAAAGAAACCGAUAUUAAAUGGUCAUUAAAAUUUAAUUUAGAACCACCAACGAAUUCAUCAAGUAUCCCAAUUUUUAUUCAUAAUUCGGAUGAAGUUCCCGGAUUAGAAAUUAAACCGCAACAUUUAUGGACGGGAAAAGUAGACAAAAUUUCUUUUUCAGUUAAACAAACCUACACAACAGAAGACGCGAGGCAAUUAACAACAAAACAGCGUCAUUGCGUGUUUGAAGAUGAACAAAAAUUACUUAUUGAUCAUAUUUACACGUUUAGCGCAUGUACGAGGGAGUGUAGAAUGAGAAAUUCGAUGAAAUUCUGCGAUUGCGUUCCUCAUUUUUAUCCGAGAAUUGAUGAUCACUUUAAACAUUGCACAUUAAAACAACUUAAAUGCGUUGAAGAAAAUUCGGACGAUAUCCAAAACGUUGAUAAAUGUUUAUGUUUGUUGGGGUGUUCAAAUACCGUUUAUGAAGUGGAGAAAUUUAACGAAAAUUUGGAAUCGACUUCAUUAGAAACCGAGUUUGUUUCAUGGCCGAUGGUUAGAUACAAAAGAGAGGUUCUUUUUGGUUGGGUGGAUCUCUUGGUAUCUUUUGGUGGGAUAGCCGGUCUUUUCCUCGGAUUUAGUUUACUUUCAGCCGUUGAAAUCGUUUACUACUUUGUAAUACGAGCUUGGUGUAUGUUGAGAAUGGAAAAGGAGGAGCUUAAACGGGUGCAAAGGGAUGCGAAUUUAAAACGGAAGAGGGGUGGGCACGAUAUGAGCUUGGUUCCGAAGUGUUUUGAUAAAAAUCGAACGGUUUACAGAAGAAAUAUUAAUUUUGUUUCAUCUAACAGAAUAACCCCGAUGGAACAACAGAAAAAUAGAGAAUUGAUUGUUUCGCCAUUUGGGAUUGAAUAUUUAAACUAA